AUGAAUGGAGAUUCUUUUCUAACAACUAAAUGCACGAGCUUCAGUUUCACAUAAAAUAAAUUGAGAUCUCGUUCGAUACAAUACAAAUAAUUAGAUAUUAGUCAAACAAAUCCAAUUUAAAGGGAAGUUUCAGAGAAAUAAAAAGAAUAACGCAAAAGUAUCCAAAUAACUUCAAACCUGCAUCAGAAUGUUAAUAUUAUUUUAUUGUUUACAAAACCAAUAAUAGAAUAAUUGACGUGGAGACAAUCAGAACUUUAUAUGAAUUAAUUCAAAAUCUAAUUGAGUUACAUCGUGGACAGUGGAAACUUGUAAUAAUUGGGAGCCAUUGUUUGUAUGACAGCAGACAUCCUUCUUAAAAUAAAAGAUUAUAAUAAUGCUUGUUACUAUUAUAAUUAAUACAGAAUAUUUAAUACACUCACAAAGAAUCAUGCUGAAAAAGCCAAAGCCUUGAUUGGGUUGGCUAAUUGUGCAACUGAAGUAAAAUUGAAUAGUGAGGCUUUAAUCUUAUUGAAAAAAGCCUUGUAAUACGCUUGGUUGAGUAAGGAAUAUGAAUUGCAAAUCUAUGAAAAAUUUGCUUUAAAUUAUUACUACUUAGGUUAAAGUGAGGAACAGUAUUAUUUCCAUGAGAGAGGAUUGUUAGGCAUUUUGGAGUCUGAUGAAUCCCCCAUAAAAUAGUUUAGCUGCGAAUCAUUGAGAGAUCAAAUGAAAAAGAACAAUGUAGAUAUUAAAACACUCUGUCCAUAACUAUUAAACUACAUGAAUUUACCUGUUCUGAGUAGAAAUGAGUUGCUAAGCAGCAAUCCAAACUCAAUAAGAGGAGUAUAAGUUAAAAAACAAGUUGUCUAUACAGUUACAGAACAAGUAGAAAUCCUGUUGUAGAAGAAUGACGAAUUCUAACACCAAAUUAAUACUCCUAAGCAUUAAAAAUUAGUCAAAUCUUAAAAUGGUAAAAGAGCAGAUGGAUUCAGAGUUGUGAGUUCUUCUUUGUCAUCAUAUUCCAAGGAGAGGAGGAAUUAUGAUUUAACAGAUAACACAAUUUAUAAAUUGCCUUAUGAGGUCUAAGUGAGCAAUCGUCUUAGGUAUCCAUAUAUUCCUGAAGACAUUAAUGCCAAAUUACGCGAACAAUUAAGGAAUACAAAUAGAACCCAAAAAUUCGGAUUAAGAAACAAAGUCAUACUAAAUCAUUAGCAUAGGGAAGAUAUGCAUUAUAGGAAGAAUGGUGCCUGUAUGUAAAGAUAAUUAUAUGCUAUAUUUUAACAUUAUUCCCAUUUAUUUAUUUGA